AUGCCAGAAGUUCCUUGGCCCAAGACUCGUAGAGUCCAAGAUGCCAAUGGAUGGGGCAAUCACGAUGUCCUGGAACACGAUCAAACCCUGUUCCCUCUGGACGACGAGACGCGCGCUCUUUAUGAACGCGCCACCACUGGCCAGUCAUCACUGAGCGAUGCUGACCGGCAAAAGCUCUCCCAAUUGCCAUCUCAGGGAGCACAAGACUCCCACUACCGAAAACAAUGCGGCUUAACCCGGUCUGAACUCAUCGCCAAGGCUGUUCAGGAUCCCGGAUCGCUCUCAUACUUCGAAGCAUCCCUGAUAAUCACCCCAGCCAUGGACCCUGGUCUAAGUCUACAGAGACAUAGAGUGAGCAAGAUCGAAUUGUAUCUUUUGGAUACUGUGUUAGAGGCUGUUUUGACAAAAGAAGAAAUUGCUGCUCGUCAAAUCAGCUUGGAUAUGAAGGGCUUCUGGGAUCAACAAAGCGGAAAUGCCAAAGAAACGCGCAGGGAUAACGAUAGACAGAUUAUCGAAGAAACUAUGACUGUUCAAUGGCAGGAAUACAUUAUGGGUUUGAGUGAUCAUAAGUUGGCAUCUUGUGGCUUUGUGAUCUUUCACUCAAAAGAUCUUGACUGGCCGGUAUUCAAGGAGCAGAUGGAAACUGCCAUACGGCAUGGCUUCAAUUUCAUGUCCGGAGUCAAGACAGCGAUCAAAGACAGGCUCGCAAUACAUGAAACAAAGUGUGAUGAUUCGAAAUCUCUGCAGAGCCGCUUCACCGCCAUGCAAGAUGAAAGAGCUAUCCCUAAAGGCUUGCAAUCAAACGCAUUCCUCUAUGUUGAUGACAAGACACUUCAAUCUCGACACUCAGUCAGGCCUUUCGUUUGGCUAUGGGAACUUGACGCAACGGGAUAUGUCAUCGACAAGGGCCGUACAUGGCCAUGGAGAAACACAUCAGACUUGGAGCAACUUCACGCUGAAGCUGGUCCUUCACGAAACUCGGACGGUGAACGAGAUAGAAUAUGGCCUCCAACUCCACGACAGUUUCAGAUCCAGUCUUCGGGUUCCUUUGAUAAUGAGCUAAGGAUUGAAUGUGUAGCGACAUGUUAG